CAAACUACCGAUUUACCCUCGACGUCGGGAGGUUAUUACUCCAAAUACCACCAAGAUUUUGGUCUGUGAAGUUGGAAGAUUUCGUUGUUGGGUUGUGGGGGCAACACCGCAAAAAGAUGAAAUCAAGGCUGCAUCAGAAGCAGCGCACAGAUCUGUCAUGAAGGAUACCGUCAAAGGCACAAAGGGUCCGUACGCUUCUCAGUCCCUAGACUUGCUCUUUUGCUUAACUGUCUAGUUUUUAAUUAAUCUAGAGCGAGAAAGAGUGGGUUAUUGAGGGGAGAGAGAGAGAGAGAGAGAGAGAGAGAGAGAGAGAGAGAGAGAGAGUUUGGAAGAGGAUGUUUGGAUUGAGAGAAGCGUCUUGCUUUCCAAGGGUGUUGGUGGGAGUGAAUGUGAGUCUUGCUCUGGUUGAUGGCAUUAUAGCACUUCUUGCAUUUUUUCAGUUAAUUAGAAUUCACUCGAGGAAUUCACAACUUGGCUGGACUCGACAAAAAGUUUUUCAUCUGUUGAUUGGCUCUUCUAAUUUGGGUUGCUUAAUUUAUUUUGUAUUAACUCUUUUUGCUGCUUGCAAGGGGUGGCAAUGUUGGUCUAACUCUUGUGGUUUUACCCUCAUGGUGUUUCUUCUACUUUUAUCGUUCUGGGUUGACCUGUGUCAUCAGGCAGAUGAUGAGGAUGAUGAGGAUGAAGGGAGUUUUCGUGAAGCUUUGUUGGAGCGGACAUUCAGCAGACCAGAUUCAUUGGACAGAGAUAGUCAUAGGACCUGUUUUCCUCUGCGAUUUAUUCGUAUUGGAAGCCGCCAGAGAAUCGUAAUUUUGGUCACCUUGCUAGUUUUUGUUAUAAUGAUAGCAAGUGCAGUGAUAAUUUGGAUCGGGAUGGGACAAAAUCCUAUUGAUUCUGCACUGGUGGCUCGGGUAUAUGUAGAUCUCUUUGCAAUAGCGAUACUAUUAUUAGGAGGAGCAUUAGCAUGUUAUGGGCUCCUAUUAUUCCUGAGAAUGAGAAACGUUAGAUCUGAGAGAGCUUCUUCUGAGAUGUGGAAGGUUGCAGGUUUAGCUGUUGUUUCCGUUCUCUGUUUCGCCUCGAGUUCUUUGGUGGCUCUAUUAACUGAUAUUCCUAUGCUUUACGAUUGGCAUCAACAGCGUAUGAAGGAUGCUUAUACUUCUGUUUUACUGAUUUUAUAUUAUUUCGUAGGUUCAUCAAUACCUUCAGCCUUUGUCUUAUGGGUCAUGAGAGAUAUACCGCCCUCUGUAACAGCUAACACACGAGAAGAACCGUCUACGUUAACCUUCAUCAGCGACAUUUCCACGACAUUACAAGAUCCUCAGAGCUGGAAUGCUGCAAUGAGCUUGCGGAACCAGGUGCAGGUAUCAAGAACAAGCCCCGUAUAACACUCAUCCUGUAUGGAAAGUGAGUCUUACUAACGUUCCUGAGUGCGAAGCACGUCCUUGCUCGCCAAAUCUAUGGAGUGAGCUGGAAUCAAAGAACGAUAUGCCAGACAAGAAGUGCGACACUGAGAGGACGAGAUGAAGAGGGCGUCGAGUGACAUUCUUGGCCGGAGCUGGAACUUUGUGUACAGCCAUAAGUCGCCGUUGCCACGGUUUUUUGACAUUUUGGGGAUGUAAAUAGCAACCAUAUGCUAAUUGAGGGAUUCUUUCCGCUCCAAAAGUAUUUUGAUGUGCUUCAUUAAAUUUUUGUUGAAGUUGAAAUAAAAAGAUAACGGCUUUGUGUU